UUCCCCUCUUUCCUUUAUGGGCGAAUGAGCUUCGUUUCUUGUUUAUUGGUCAACUUUCCCUUGCGUCGUGUGCAACGUUUUAUUAUUCUAGAAAGAACUGUUGUUCAACGUUGUAAAGAUUCUAUUACACAUCACUUAAGAAAGAAACAAAUUCUAACGCUUCCUUCUACGUACUCGAGGAAAUGCAGCUUUUGUCGAAGCAGACGUGUGCAAACAAGUUCCUUUCAACUUUUCACAACGCUUGCAAGUCAUAGUGAAGUAUGUUUACCCAAAAAGUUGGAAGAUCUUUGUCAAGAUCUUUAUCAAAGUCCUGAUAAGAGUUCAAAACUUUGGAAACUAGUGGAGUGGGGAAAUGGUCUGACUGAAACCUUACCAGUGGAAGAAAGGAUUUCGAAACAUAAAGUAGCAGGCUGUGCUUCCGUUGUUUAUAUUAAAGUUACUUUGCGUAACGAAAAAGUUUUUCUGAGAGGCUUCGCGGACUCCAAAGUUGCAAAGGGCUUGUUAUUUCUUUUACUCUCUGGUCUGCAAGACACAGCUGUCCAACAAGUGAAAACACUGUCUGCAGAAGUCAUCAUACAAAAGGCUGGUUUAGAAACCAUUCUAUCUUCUUCACGUAUGGGAGGAAUUAAAGGCAUGCUUCGAUAUAUCCAACAACACUGUAACUUGUUACAGAAACCAGAGGGUGCUCCAUCUUGUUCCGAUUCCCAUCAGUAUUCAACAGAUUCAGAGAAAGAUGAGAUUGCUGUAUUGUUAUCUGGAGGAGUGGACUCCUCAGUAGCUUUAAGUAGAUUGUUAGAACAGGGUUAUCGUGUGAAACCUUUUUAUCUUCGCAUUUGGUUAGAAGAUGAGUUGUCACAUUUAGGCAAGUGUCCUUGGGAAGAAGACUUGGUUUACGCCAAUGCAGUUUGUGAGCACUUUGGUUUGAAACUGGAGCAAGUGACUUUACAGAAGGAAUACUGGGAACAAGUGGUUGAAUAUACGAUAUCGGAAGCUCGUGCUGGUCGAACACCCAAUCCAGAUGUGAUGUGUAAUAGUCGGAUAAAGUUUGGAGUUUUUCUGGAUUCGAUAGGGAAGACAUAUCAAAAGAUUGCAUCAGGACACUAUGCUCGUAUUCAAAAGGAACCAUCAACGGGUCUAUUUCAACUUAUGGUUUCUGCAGAUGCACAUAAAGAUCAAACUUACUUUCUCGCGCAUCUGUUACAGAGACAACUCGCAAAGGUUGUAUUUCCAAUUGGUCAUUUGACAAAGGAACAAGUAAGGGCAAUAGCAAGAGAGUUGAAUUUGGCUACCCAAUCUCGAAAAGACUCUCAAGGUAUUUGCUUCCUGGGACAAAUCAAGUUUGAUGAUUUCCUUCGCCAUCAUUUGGGUACGCGACCAGGAAAGCUCGUAGAAGCGGAAACGGGACAAGUUGUAGGGGAACAUUGUGGUUAUUGGUUUUAUACUCCAGGGCAGCGGAAAGGUCUCCGUUUACCAAACGGUCCCUGGUAUGUAUUAACAAAAGAUGUUGAAUCGAAUACUGUAUUUGUGAGCCGUAAUUAUGAUUCACCGGAAAAGCAGAGAAAUUGCUUCAUAGUAGAGAAUGUUCAUUGGCAUAUUCCACUGAGAAUAUGUACCAGUGAAUUGUUGGCUGUACAGGUAAGGAUUCGAAUAAUGAAUGAUCGAAAGAUAUCUACUGUUCACAGGUCAAGUUGAGACACGGCAACUUCUUUCAUCAAGGCUUCAUAAUGGCCUCGGAUGACGGAACUAGAGCAAAGGUGUGGUUGAAUUCAAGAGACAACGGAAUUGCACCAGGCCAAUUUGCUGUAUUUUAUAGAGAUGAAAUUUACUGUAUAGGAGCUGGUAUAAUUUCCAA